UGCUUGAGGAGAGUUAACUUAUGACUUAUGACCAGUGACCACCACCAGAGUUGCCACAUAUUCACAGCCCAGUGUUUGCAAGUGGAUGUAAUGCUCUACCUCACAGCUUUUGUCUAGAAGUUGGGCUUCAUCUGUGUUACCUGCUUGUGAAACACUGGGGGGGGGGAUCUAGUCGGUCCCUGGAGAUUCUGACAUUGCUUUUAAGCCACCAGAUGAAUGCAUGGUAGAUGAGUUAGAAGACAACAAUAUUAAAGGGCCAUAAGUAAUUUUUGGAGGCAGGUGAUGGAUGGAUCCAGGGGUGGUAUAAAGGGGCCCAGAACUAUAUGUGAAGAGGCAGCGCUGUAAAAUGAGCACCUGAUAUUUGUGCUGUUUCUCUUUAGAGGACUAUGCUAGACAGACACUGGCCUACAAGUUAGAAAUGGAUCUCCAGAAAGGCUAUAUAAGGUAUCAGAGGCUGUGAGGAAGAGAGAGAGAGAGUCUGGGGUAUCAGCUACCAGUGCAGAUCCAGCCAGAGAUGCCUUGUGAUGGGAGACAGUGGGUGUCAGGCCUCAGCUGUAGGAGCUGUGUCCUUUUUCCUUUGGGAAUCUAGCUUUGCCCACUGACCCGUGAGGAAGGAGUGACACUAACAGCACAUGUUCAUUGUUAGUCAGAAGAGGACAUUGUAUGUGAUGGCAGAAACCUGGUCUCAUGCCCCUGAGUUCCCAGAACUCUGAUGUUCUAGUUGGAGGAAGUUAUGCAGAACAGAAACAGAAAAGAGAUUCUAGGGCAGGAGGAGCAGCUGAGUAGCAGGGCUCGAGCUCAGCAUGAGCAUGGCCUGCAGUCUUAGCACUUAAUAAAGGAGAGGGCUUCUGCCAAGGUUGGGUAAAGGGACAUAAGGACCAUAAGACCACCCAAGAGUGAUCACUAAGGAAGAGAUGUCUGGAGACUCAGGCUACAGCACAGCUGUUGCUACCUACAAUUCUCUACUGAGCUGGCAGCAAGUCUUGGGAGUAACUGAAGCAGACUUUGGAGGUCCCAGGGAGUGGUGAGAAUAGCAGGGACUGGGAAUGAUAGGUGAUACCUCAAGAAGGAGGAUGUGGGACCAAAACCUUGGGGAGAGAAGUAGGACCGCAGAGAAGGGGCAGUGACAAGCAAAUGUGACCCCUAGAGUUCCGUAUGUACCUAUCAUAAAUAUACCCCACUAAUAAUGUCCGCGUGCUUCAGAAGAGGAAAAAUUCUCAGAAAUGUAAUGAUGAGAGGAAAAGCAGGUCAGCAAAGUGACAACAAGAACAGGGCUCAGGAUGGCAGAGCGCUUGCCUGGUGCGUGGGAAAACCCAGGAUUGCUUAAGAAACAAAACUAACAAAAAGCGAUCAAUAAGUAGCUGGAAAAUACUUCCAAAUUUUGGUAGGUGACAUAAAGGAAAUGAGAGACUGAGAGGUCAGAAAAGCUGGUCAAGAAAGCAUGCAUGGAGAAGGUAAAUUUAAGUCAAAACCAGUUGUAACGAAUGUGCAAUCCUAGUUACAGUUCAGUAUGUUCUGUGACAGGUAAAUAAGUGUUUCCCUCCAAAGUUGGAAUUACCAAGAGAGACUACAGGGAAAUGACACCCCUUUGGGCCCUCAUACUGUCAGGCCUUCCCUCAGAAGCUUUUGAAACUUUUUUUUUCCUGGUAGGUGUUGAGUUGGGGACAGGGUUUGGCAAUAAUGAGACAAUUAUUUGGCAAUAGUGAGAUAAUAUCUCCAAACCAGCUGAAAGGUUUGGGGUACCCCUAGAAGAGGCCCCCCUGACUAAUGCUUGGGAAAGGUUCUUUUGAAUAUUUCUGAGGAAACUCAUUUGUGUGUGCAGGGUUAUAAGCAGUGGUCUGCUUAAUUGUCGUAGGCUUCGAUUGAAUUGGACUUGAUACUCAGUACACAGAAAAGGUUCAUUCCCCCUCUUCUUCCCUCUCCUAUUGUAGAGAUAAACUCAGCCUCAGAAAGGUAACCGUCCACCCUAUUCUGAUUUAUGAGCACCUACACCUGCAGAUUCCAGAGCGUCCCAAUGGAUAUGGGCUAGUCAGAGCUGGAAAUUUGCUGAAGGGGGUGGGGGCUACUGCCGGGAAGAGAGAGUCUUGGAUUUGGGUUUCUUUUUAGACUUUGACCUUAUUUGCUGUGAUGCCAUCUGCAAAUAUAACAUCGAUAUUUCUCAAUAGGGUUGGAAAUGGGGGUGGUGCUGUUACAAUAGGGUUGGAAAUGGGGGUGGUGCUGUUACCGAUUCUGUAUAAGUUCAGCCUCAUGCCCAGCACUGUCCUGUGGCCUUUCCAGCUCAGCAUGGCUAGGGCAGUGGUAGCACCGGUAACCCUGGUGUUGCUGGGCCUGUGCUGGUCCCUGACUGUUGCCAACCCUCUUCGUUCUGCCCAUGGGAAUGUUGCUGAAGGUGAAAGUGGGACCAAGCCAGACUCAGAUGUAAUCGAGCGCUGCUCGGAUGGCUGGAGCUUUGAUGCUACCACCCUGGAUCACAAUGGGACCAUGCUGUUCUUUAAAGGGGAGUUCGUGUGGAAGGGGCACGCAGGGGUCCGAGAAACAAUCUCAGAGAGAUGGAAGAAUUCCACCAGCUCAGUGGAUGCUGCAUUCCGUCGUGGUCCCGACAGUGUCUUCCUGAUCAAGGGAGACAAAGUCUGGGUAUACCCUCCUGAAAAGAAGGAAAACGGAUAUCCAAAGCUGCUCCAAGAAGAAUUUCCUGGAAUCCCAUACCCACUGGACGCAGCUGUGGAGUGCCACCAUGGAGAAUGCCAGAGUGAAGGCAUACUCUUCUUCCAAGGUAACCGCAAGUGGUUCUGGGACUUUGCUACAAGAACCAAAAAGGAACGUUCCUGGCCAGCCGUUGGGAAUUGCACCGCAGCCUUGAGGUGGCUUGAACGCUACUACUGCUUCCAGGGUAACCAGUUCCUGCGCUUCAACCCAGUCACAGGAGAGGUGCCUCCCAGAUACCCUCUGGAUGCCCGUGACUACUUCAUGGCCUGCCCUGGCAGAGGUCACGGUAGACACAGAAAUGCAACUGGUCACGGGAAUAGCACCCAUCCUAUGCAUUCACGCUGCAGCCCAGAUCCCGGCUUGACUGCAUUAAUGUCUGACCACCGUGGUGCCACCUAUGCCUUCAGUGGCUCCCACUACUGGCGUCUGGACUCCAGCCGUGAUGGGUGGCAUAGCUGGCCCAUUGCUCAUCAUUGGCCCCAGGGGCCUUCAACAGUAGAUGCUGCCUUUUCCUGGGAUGAUAAAGUCUAUCUCAUCCAGGGCACUCAAGUGUAUGUCUUCCUGACAAAGGGAGGCAAUACCCUAGUAAGCGGUUAUCCAAAGCGACUGGAGAAGGAACUUGGGAGCCCUCCUGGGAUCAGCCUUGAGACUGUGGAUUCAGCCUUUAGCUGCCCUGGUUCUUCCAAGCUCUAUGUAACAGCAGGACGGCGGCUAUGGUGGCUGGAUCUGAAGUCAGGUGCUCAGGCGACAUGGACAGAGCUUUCUUGGCCCCAUGAGAAAAUUGAUGGGGCCCUGUGUUUGGAAAAGUCUCUUGGUCCCAACUCAUGUUCUUCCAGUGGUCCCAGCUUGUACCUUAUCCAUGGGCCCAAUUUGUACUGCUACAGCAGUAUAGACAAACUGAAUGCUGCCAAGACGGUUUCUAAGCCCCAGAAAGUAAACAGCCUUCUUGGCUGCAGUCAGUAAGAAGUCCUGAUGGGAAUUAGCCCAGCUCAGUCCAGCCCAGCCACCUCUCCAUUUUCAUCCUAAUAAAACCAGAUGGUUUCUUCACAUGAA